AUGUCCAAAAGAUAUUUUAUUAAUAAUCAUGACUCCAUAAUAGGUUAGCAGAUCUUGAAGGAGCUUACAAAAGAAGAAACUGAAGACCCUGUUCAUAUGGUAACCUACAUGGACCAGUCUAAAAGAGAUCGUCCAAAAGGAGUCAAAAAAGUUUUAAAUAGACAUGCAAAGCCUAAAUUAAUGAGAAAAAAAAUGCUUGAAGAAUGCGAUGUUUACAUUUAUGAUCUUCAUUUUGGCGAUUUAGAUGAUGUUUUAUUUGGAGGAAAUAUUUUAGAUAAGGCAACAUUGGAAGAAUAAAAAACUUUAAUAAUAAUAUCGGAUGUAAUGGUUUGGAAUUAAACACCAAAAAAAAUUAAAGAAAAAGUAGCUGUUGUGCCUGAAGAAGGUGAAGAAGGCGAGAAUGCUGAGUAAGAAAAACCCUAAGAAGAGGAAUAAUAGGAAGAAGAGAACGAAGAACAAAAUGAAAACUCAUAAGCAGCUAGUGAAAAAAAUUCUUCAUAGGCAGGAGACUUUGAUAAUUAAAAGCAAGAAGAUGAAGUUUAAUAAGAAGAAGAAGAACCUAUUGAAUAUACUUCCUACAAUGAGGCUGAUUACAAAAAGAGAAAGUGUUCUGAAAAAUAUAAAAAAAUGAAAAUUAUGGAAGACUUAAUGCUAAGAUUAAAUAAAGAAAACUUGAAAGUUAUUGUUGUAUGUUCAGGUAUACUUUACGGAUUAGGUGAACUUGCCUUUAGAAAUCACUUCAAAGCAGCCUGGCUUUAGAAUCCACAAGCUCUUCCCUAUGUUGGAGAAGGAGAAAAUUUGAUUCCAACAAUCCACAUCAGUGAUUUAGCUAAAUUUGUCAUUAAAGUAGCUGAAAAUCCUCCUGAAAACAAUUAUUUGUUUGCCAUAGAUAAUACAAAGGAUAGAAGAUAGAAAGCAAUUAUUUAAAGUAUUUCAGAUGGAGUUGGCUCCAAAUAAAUUGUAUAAGAUGAUUCCACUAAUUUGAUUGAUGAACAUACAAUUGAUAUAUUUAAUUUAGAUGUUGAUAUGACACCAUCUCCUCUUCUUGUUGGAGAUGAGGAAAAUCCAGUUGAAUUUGAUUGGACUUGUGAGAAAGGAUUAACUGAUCCUAUUAACAAUGCUAAAGUACUCUAAGAGUUUUAAAGGGAACAUAAGCUAAGACCUAUAAAAGUUAUUAUGUUUACCCCUGAAAAUGAAAGAUAAGAUUUAAGAUUCGAUUAAUGUGUUGAAGAAAUCUCCUAGCAUUACAGAAUACCUGUGAUUAAAAUCAGAGAGGUUGUCGAAUGGGUGAAAUAGAAUAUCUCCAAAGAACAAGAUAUUCUUGGAGAAGAUUUAAGAGAAGAGUAUGGCAAGAUUAUAGAAUAUUUAGACUCAAAAUAACCAAGAAAAUUAGAUGAGACUUUGAAAGUAUUGUACAGAGUAAUUAGAUGGAGAUUGAGCUAAAAUGAUUGUUUCAAUAGAGGAUAUAUUCUUGAUAACUAUCCUCUCUUUGGUGAAGAGGCGGGCUUCAUCUUUUAUCCAUAAAAAAAGAAAUUGGAUAGGGUAAGACCAAAGCCAAAGAAAAUAAAGAAAAAGAAAGCAAAGAAAUAAGAUGAUGAAGAUAAUUAAGCUCAAGAAUAAUAAGAACAACAAAAAAAAGUCAGUGAAGAAAAAAGCCAGGGAGAAUAGGAAAAUGAAGAUGAGGAAGAAGAUGAAGGAGAAGAGGGAUAAGAAGAAAAUGAAAACAAUAAUAAUUAAGUACUCCCAAAAGAGGAAUAGCCUGAAGCAGAAGAAGAGGAAGAGGAGGAAGAGGAAGAAGAAGAAGAAUAACCACCUGAAGAAGAAGAAUAACCUCCUGAAGAAGAAGAGGAAGAAGAAGAUCCAGAUAACCCAAAACCAAAAGUAGAACCUUAUCAUCCAGAAUCAAUCAUCUUCAUAAAAAGAAUAGUAUAAAAUAGAGAAAUUGUAUUGAAUAAUUCGAAAUGUGAGAUAAUAGACUACUUCUCUAAGAAUGAUGUAGAAGCAUAUAUCACUGACACAACUGGCAAGACAUUAUUUGAAGCUUUUGAAUCCUAAAGAAUUUAUAUUGAAAGAUAAGGAAGACCAUAUAACUAUUUAGUAGAUGAGUCCGAGUUAGUUAAAAAGCAUCAAGGUUACUACGAUGAUGUAAAUAAAAGAAAUGAAGAAUAAAAAUUAAUAAAGAAAGAAGAAGAAUAAAAAGUAGUCUUAAAGCAAAAACAAGAUAGAGAAGAUCUUGCAUAAGAAUAAAUAAAUUAUAUCAUUAAAAAUGAGCUAGAAAUCGAUAAGAUUAAGAAUCUCCCUUUCAGAAACUACCUUAUGGAGUAUAUAGUUCCAGAAUUAAAUGAGGGUUUGUUAGAAGUCAGUAAUAUGCUUCCUGAUGAUCCAAUUGAAUUUUUGGCUGAAUAUUUAUACUCAAAGAGUUAUGAGUGA